AUGCCUUUCAACACCGCUCUUACGCGCAAGCUGGGGAUCAAGGUGCCCGUGGUGCAGGGUGGAAUGCAGUGGGUUGGAUAUGCGGAGCUGGCCAGCGCCGUUAGCAACGCUGGCGGUCUUGGACUAUUGACCGCGCUCACGCAACCGACGCCUGAAGACCUACGCAAGGAGAUCCGCCGAUGCAGGACGAUGACCAAGAACCCGUUCGGCGUGAACCUGACGCUGCUGCCGGCCCUGGUGCCGCCGGACUAUGGCGCGUACGCCCGCGUCAUCAUCGAGGAGGGCAUCAACAUCGUCGAGACGGCGGGCAACUCGCCAGGCCCGGUGAUCAAGCAGCUUAAGGCGGCGGGCGUGACCAUCCUGCACAAGUGCACCACCAUCCGCCAUGCCCAGGCCGCCAUCCGCCUCGGCGUCGACUUCCUCAGCAUCGACGGCUUCGAGUGUGCCGGCCACGUCGGCGAGUCGGACAUCACCAACUUCAUCCUGCUCAGCCGCGCCCGCCAGUCGCUCGAGGUGCCGUUCAUCGCGUCCGGUGGUUUCGCCGACGGACAGGGCCUGGCGGCGGCGUUGGCGUUGGGGGCUGAGGGUAUCAACAUGGGCACGCGCUUCAUGUGCACCAUCGAGGCGCCCAUCCACAACAACAUCAAGGAGGCCAUCGUGCAGGCGCAGGAGACGGAUACCCAGCUGGUGAUGAGGAGGUGGAAGAACACCACGCGUCUGUUCAAGAACCAGGUUUCGAAUGACGCCGCCAGGAUCGAGAAGGAAAGCAAGGAGGGCAAGUUCGAGGAGAUUGGCCCGUAUGUCUCUGGCAAGCGGGGCAGGCAGGUUUUCAUCAACGGUGACAAGGAUUUCGGUGUCUGGACGGCGGGCCAGGUUAUUGGACUGAUUCAGGACAUCCCCAGCUGCGCCGAGCUGAUCAGCCGCAUCGAACGCGAGGCUGUAGACACACUCAGCAAGGCGGCAUCGUUGUACGUGGCGGAUGGCCAAGUACCAAGCGAGCCGGCUCAGGUACAAGUGCAGAGCAAGCUAUAG